AUGCAGUACUCAACACCGGAGUCCUGCACUGAUCAACGGACCGAAACGCCAUCUUCCGAUCAGCUAAAUGGCGAAUUUGGUACCACCAAUGACUACUCGCCUGACAAUGGCAUCGGAUCGGAUAGGGAUCCAUCACCAGACUGUGUUUCAACCUCCUCCGGUGAGCCGCAUUUGCUCGGCACGAAAGCCAUUUCGGCCGAAGAUGCCGAGCUGCAGCGACAAAUCCUCCGCCUUCAGUCUUUCAACAAUGACCUGAACGCCGAGAAGAAACCCGCCUUAAACCUGCUUUCGUCAUUCCAUAAUAAUCCAUUGUUGGCCGAGAAAUUGGCCAACUGCAUGAUUCCCGGUAUGCCGACGCCACCGUCAGCUACCGUACCGCUAGCCGCUUCACUUGGUCAAGCGCCAAACACGCACGAGGUGACGCCGACAAAACGGAAACGUCAACGGAGAAACCCAGUAUGGCCGUAUUUCGAUGUCAUUGAUGGUACGGCACGGUGUAAGCAAUGUUUGUACAGCACCAAAUCGGUGUUCAGUACGAAUUUAAAAGUGCACCUCCGAUCGCAUCAUCGUGCCGACUAUGAAAAGGUGAUUCAAGCUGAAGACGCCUUAAAUCUGAACGCCUUGCUUUUGAGCGGCAACUCUAGUAAAUUAUUCUCUACUGAUCUGACACGGAAGCGGAUGCCACCGAUGACGAGCAGCAUACUGAUGACGAUCAAUAAAAAAAUUGGGUUCGAU